AUUCCAACAUCAAACUAGCAGCUUAAACAUUUCAAAUACUCAGCUCUGACAUAAUAUUCUGCUCUUUAUCACUUACUCUUUUGUGUUUUCAAAGCAAUGGCUACUGCUUCAGUUCAUCACUCGAUCUUGGUUAACCAUGUCACCCGUGUUCAAACCCAAACAAGAAGAAAUGCUAGCUUCAGAGUUCGUUGUAUGGCCGAGGAGAAGCAGCCACAACAACCAAUGACAAGCAGUACCAAUCCACCACCACCAGCAGCAGCACAGACUCCAGUUGCUACUCCUACUUUCCCUCCACCGCGUGCUGCUCCCAAGAAAAUGAGCACAAAGUUUGGCGAUUUAUUAGCAUUCAGCGGGCCAGCACCAGAGAGAAUUAACGGCAGACUUGCCAUGAUUGGGUUUGUUGCUGCUAUGGGAGUAGAAGUUGCUAGAGGUACUGACGUCGCAGCACAAUUGGCUGAUGGAGGACUUCCAUGGUUUGUAAUAACCAGUAUUGUGCUAUCAGUGGCCUCUCUUAUACCGUUGUCUCAAGGCGUCAGUGUUGAAUCAAAAUCAGAUGGGUUGAUGUCUUCAAGUGCUGAAAUGUGGAACGGCAGAGCUGCAAUGUUGGGUUUGGUUGCAUUAGUGCUUACUGAGGUUGCCAAAGGUGGAGCUCUAAUUUAAUUUUCAUUUUAAUUUACUAGGCCCUGUAAAUGUUUUUGAUCAACAUAUAUAUAAAUGAAAGAAAGACAAAUAUGCAAAGAGAAACAACACUUAUUAUGAACUUGUAAAACUUCUGACAGAAAUUAGUAGAAUGAAGAAUAUGUUCAUUUAUGU